AUGUUUCGUCCACAAGUAACAAUUGAACGUUAUGGAUUAAUUCGAAAAUCAUUUUUUGGUGGUGCUGGAAGUUCAAAUGGUAAAGCUCAACGUUCAUAUCGUAUAUCAUCGGAUCGUUUUCUUUCUCGUGGAAAUUGUAUUUUACGUGAAUAUGAUCGUCUUGUUGGGGAAACUUUGUUACCUGAUUUAGCUGCGAAAGAUAAACAUGAAUUUUCUAUUGGACAAGAUGCUGAUAUAGUUUAUAAAGAAAAUACGACUUUAACAUCGUCACGUACGUAUAAUGAAACAAAUCGAUUAAAUAUAAAAGAAAUCGAACAACGAACACAAUCAACUUAUACAAUUAAUUUAGUAUUAAAAAAUUAUAAAAAGAAUCGUUCAGUUAAAAUUGAAUAUAAACAAGAAGUUUAUGCUCGAUCAAUGAAAUUAAUGACUAAUACUUUAGGAUUUAUACAAGAUAGUUCAACUAUACAAUUUUCAGGAGUAUUAUUAGCUGAUGAAGAAAAACUUCUAUCAUAUAAGAUUGAAGUUAUCAAUUAA